GUGUGGAAGGGAGCGGUUGGCGUCCUUGUUCCGUGACUCGAAUCACUGAAUAUUGGUCGUUGGGUUAUCUAGUCAAGAGGCGUAGCAUUAGUCCGUACCAUAUCAUAUACGAAUUAUCAGGUUAGAAGAACGUCGUGUCUUCUGUGUCGUGUUGCGUUCUGGAAAGAAAAUAUGUAUAAAACUGAAUAUAGCAGAAAAUUUUGUUAAAUGUCAUAGCUACCAUGCGUUUUCAGUUUGUUUGUGAAUCUUGCUGAUAAGUUUCAUUCAUCUUUCACGAUAACAUUAAUUAUUCAAGUUUUGAAUAAAGUUAAUUAAUUAUUUGCUGAUACUUUCGCUGCUGGUAGCAUUGCUUGAAAAACUGCGGAAAACCGAUUAAAGUUGUUUCAUUUUGUAAGGUUACCUGUUAACUUUUCAAUAGUAGGCCAAGAUAUCAAGUUGGACCAGCGUGAGAGUGGCGUUCAUCCUUGUGAACCUGAACUAGACAUUGCACAGAUCGUGAAGUCGGUGGGCAUUAUUUGCAAUCGCUAUAUUCGUUCCAGCUAGAGGUACACAACCAGUUCUUAAAUUAGACUUUUGCAAAUUUGAUCACACUGGUUAAACAGUUUACAGGCCAGAAAAUUAUCGGAAUGUUAUGUAUAUAAUUCCAAAGCUAUUUUUAGAAGUCUUGCAACCAUCUGAAAGUUAUCGUCUUCAUCAUUUCCAUCUACCAUGAGUGAGAGACAUUGCAAGCUGUACACGUGGGCAUGGCUUUGCCUUUGGGCGUCUUGUGGGUAGGAUGGACCGGAAAUGUGACUGGUGUCAUUCUUCCCAAAAUCAUGAAGACUACUCUCAAAGAUGUCGACGUUUCGGGGCUCAAUAUUUCGCGCUCAGGAGACGACUGGAGCCCUGCGAUGCUUCCAUUACGAGCCUCCCUGAGGGAUAUGACGGCUUUGAAAAAUCAGCUCCUGUUUGAGUGGAGCCCUGGGCUCGUUCGAGAUCCGAUUGAAAUGGCCGGGCUACCGGAGGGGGACAUUUUGCCCAAUCCUAAUCUUCAAAGAAUUAAACAGGGAGGCGCCCAAGAUAAAAACGCAGUCUCGGAUUACUUCAGAUUGUGGCCAGGUGGUGUCGUUCCUUACCAGUUUUCGGCCGAAUUCAGUAUCCUGCCUUUGCAACGCUACAUCAUCCGCCAAGUUAUGGAGGACAUCAGAAGUCAGUCGUGUGUCGCUUUCGUCGAAAGACAUUCGCAGCCUGACUACAUCAAUAUUGUCUUCGAUGGAACAGGUAGUUUGAAUCAGUUUUCGUGCUACAGCCACAUAGGCCGCGUGGGCGGGGAGCAAGUCCUCUCCUUGGGCCUCUUUUGUGUCAAGUGGUGGGACCGAGGGACCAUCUAUCACGAGCUCUUGCACUCCCUUGGUUUCUUCCACGAGCACAACCGUCCCGACAGAGACCGCCACGUCGAGAUCCAGUGGAGCAACAUCAAGUAUGGACAGCAGAAGAAUUUCGAGAAGAGAGAGAUGACCGAUGUUGAAAUGUUUGACAUGCCCUACGAUCUAGGUUCUGUGAUGCACUAUAGUCCAUAUGCUUUUGGCAAGUGGUAUAUCUUUAGUCCAACUAUCAAGUCCAGAUCAAAAGGUUACAACUUCAAAAGGUCUACUCAACCUACUAAGAUUGAUUACCAAAAGCUAAAUCAUCUGUACAGAUGUGCACGCCAAGGUCGAGUUUUGGUCUCUCUGGUUGGAAACACUGGGCCAUCUGCGUCCUGGUUUUCAGACAAUGGCUUUGAGUUAGACUCCCCAGCCAUUCAACAGAAUCCAGAAGUAGAGAUCCUGCAUCCAUCACUUCUGACAGUACAAGCAGGACUAAAUGAGAAAAUGCCAUCCAUUGUUUCUAACCUAAAGGCCUCUACUGUAAUACGCACUUCAGGUCACAAUACUGCAAAAGCAAUAUUUCCCGUGAAUAGUACCAGCACUCUUAGAAACUGGGUUAGGCCAAGGCAGGUACCUUUGCCAAAUACUGGUAGUGUAAAACCAGUAGUCCUAACGACAAGAACUUCACCUCUUCUAGCCUCCUUACGGCCAAAUUUACGUCCUGUUCCAUCUUUGAUUCCACAUAAAUCGUUACAAGGCAGGCUACAAAAUAUAACAUUGCAAACUAACUUUGGGAUUCAAAGGCAACGCCCAUAUAUCAAAGGUUUAAGCAGGCGUCCUGUCCCAAAAGGCAGUUAUGCACAUCAACUGCAGUUCAGGCCACGAAGACUGUCUUAGAAUAGUUGGGUAUAUAAAGAAAUAUUUAAUCCAUUUUACUGGAUCAUCAACUACCUCUUCAUAAUUUUCAUGUAGUCCAACAGUUAUCAUUAUUUAUUGUGUGAUAAGAACUGUGCAGUAGAUGACAUUGAAAUAUUUAGCUUAGCAUACAUUUCAUUUGUUUUAAAUUCACUAGUAUUAUACUUAAGUUCUUACCAGAAUAAGAAUUUGUAGCAUCACAAGUAUGACCGGCAUUUAGAAAAAAUUAAAUUUACAUGAUUAAAUAGCUUCAAAAUGUAAAGGUUUUAAUCUGUAUACACGUAGAUUAUUAUAUAUUCCCGAUACUGUAAAUGUAAACAGCCAAAGUCAAGUUAUUUAGCAUUUACUGUUUUUAGUAUAAUAUAGAUGAAAGCAGUGAUUUUCAAAUAACCGAACACAAUAAUGUCAGGUGUGAGGUACUGUAAUUGCAUUCAGGGACCAAACCACUUGGGUACUGUCUGCAAACUUUUCCUUGUCUUUCCUCAGGAUUUUUUUUAAGUACAAAUGGCUCUGUCCUCUUAUACUGUAAGUUGCCUUGGAAGUGGAUCAUUCAGCUGUGAAAUUUAAAGAUCAGUAAGAAGUCUGUCGUAUGAGAUACCUUGAUUUACAUGGGGCCUAUUGAAUGAAACCUUGCAUUGCUAUGCCAGAUUGUAUAGGUUACAUGAGUCAGGUGUCCCUUGCAAGUUUCUAAUGUAUACAAAGCAGAGCCUUUUAUUAGAUCAGGAACAAGUGAUUGGGGGUUCCCCCCAAUCACUUGUCGACCUCAUUCUGAUUAAUACUUCUCAAGAAAAGGCCAUAAUACCUUUCAAGAAAAGGCUAUGGUUUGUAUGUGUGAAAAUAUAAAUUACUCUAAAGAUCUGGUAUUACAACUGUUGAACACUAAAUAGUGUAUAUCAUUUAAUACAAGUAUAGUACAGAAUGGCACAGAUGUAACUGAAAGAACUAUUUGAAAUUCUUCUAUUAUAUGGAAAGUAGUGGCAUUGUGAACCCUACAAACGUCUGAAAAGGCCAAAAAAAUAUGCAAAACACUACAACUUUGUCACUUAACCUUUUAUGUCAAGAUUGUUGCAGUGACAGCUUUGUAUAUAGGCUUCCAUGAAUGGAGGAUUUUCUGUAGUUAAAACCAUGUAUAAGCCUCCAUGAACGGAAGAGUUGAGUUCAGUAACAGCAAUGUAUAGACUUCUGUGCCCCCUCACAUAUUGGUUAGGUUUUAUUUAGUGGUAAUAUAUAUUGUUUGCUCAAAUGUAAAUAGGACUUCGUACAUAAUGUGUAGUACGUAGUAUAUUUUGUAUUAGUUUACAAAGACCGCUGAGUUUGUCUUGACUCUUUUGGGUUGGUAUUCAAGAAUUGUGUACCCAUAGCAGUUAUAUUGUUUACCUCAUAAAUAGUGUGUUAGCAUUAUGAUUUUUUUUUUAUUUGACAAAAUGAGACAAAUUUUUAAUCAAUUUCAUAUUUUUCAUAGCUAACAAACCUGAGGUCUUAACAAUAGGAUAAUUUUCUAGUGCCAGCUGGAAACCAGUUAAAAAAAGUCAAGGAUUCUGUGUCAUCUGGCAACUUGUGGAUAUAUACGAGGUGGAAGCUGGUCACUAAAUGGGCUUGGAACCACGUGACACGUCAGUCUUUCUUCGAACCCGGGAUAUGAGAGGGCCAGUUAGAGGUGAGCAGUUAACGUUAAGACCUCAGGUUUGUUAGCUGUGAAAAAUACAAAUUGAUUAAAAAUUUGUCAUUUGUUCGUGAACGGAACAUACCUUCUGUCUUAACAAUAGGAUAAACUUAUACUUAGAGGGAGGUACAAGUACCCUGAAUCAGUUGGAGGCUCAGCCCACUCGACCAUCCUUCCUAGAAGCCUGGAGAGAAUAGAUAAGCAAGCGUCUAAAAACUCAGCCUGCUGGGAUUUAACGCAAUGAGACAUAUCCAGAUUCAUUGCAUUUGUGGAAGCUAAAUAGAACUCUCUCUGUUCAAGCAACAAACAAUGUAGGCCACAGGGGUUUAUUACCACUCCUUCCCGCCCUUGCCAGAGGGAGGAGUAAGUGCUACUGAGAAGCAGAUUUGUCUAUUGUAUAGGAACAAACUAAAUAACUGCAACUAGUAUGGCUGCCACACUUGCCUGUAUCAGACCAAUUCCAGCAUAUAACGUGUGUAUUCUUCAACCUACCCAUAGAAAGAAAGGAAAAAAACAAGAGAGACCAGCUAUCUCACUCAUUCUCUCCCACACGAUCAUCUUGGGUAAGAUACUAUCUGCCAUCCUGCCAGGAACACUGGAUGAGCAGCCACCGCUGGACCUAAGAAAAAAGCGUCCAAGGACCUGUGGGCAAUGUCCUUCAUGAAAAGGAAGUGAAGUCUGCUGAAGCCAGGAACCAGCAUUCAAAAUCUGUUCCUCCGAUGUCAUGUGCUCUAGCCUGCACAGACUGUGGCAGAACUAUAAGGUGAGGAGUAUGCCUGUUUAAUCACCUCACGCAGCCAGAAUGAAAUAGACACUAACAUUCUGGACCGGCCAGUGCUAACAAAGUCUACGAAACCUAAGCCUUAGGUGAUAAGUCCUUUUCAGAGAGCAGUGCAUAGCUCUGACAGGACAAGGCAAAAACUCACUCAAGGAGGGAAUUGAAGAUGAGGCAAAUCUGCCAUCAUGGACCAAGGGAUUUUUCAGUCUUGGCUACGAAUUCUGGGACAAAUUCGAAGGCCACAGACCCCCAACCAGGUGUGUUUAGCAUCAUAACUCUCUUCGAGGAAGCCAAGGCCAACAGAAAAACUGUCUUUAGAGUCAGAUUCCUGACAUCGGAAGAUUGAGUUUUCUUGGUGAACAGGAUUGUUUAAAACUCCUGAACAACAUUGAGAUUUCCCAGAAUGAAGAGAUGUCCAUGCCCUUCAGGCGCAGAACUAGCCCAAGCAGCCCUGUAGCCCCUGAGAGCUGAGACAGAAAGACCUUUCCCGUUUCUGAGAGAUUAGAAAAUCCACUAUCGACCGAACAGAAGUUCCAACAAGUGGAGAGAAACCCUGUCAAUGACCUCAAUCACAGUAGAUGCCCCACUUGCCUUGGUAAACUACUGAUGAAGACCUAUUAAGAUGGCUGGACAUCUGGCCCGCUACUUUGCGAGAAAAGCCUCUUGCUCUCAGGAGAUACUUGACAAUCUCAAGCUGUGAAGCAAUAGAGACCCUACCUACUGGCAGGACCUUUCCACACGAGGCUGGAAAAGGAGGUUGUGCCAUUGGGGAAUUUCUCUUAGAACCACUGACAGAAGAGGUGAAAGGUCUGGGAACUGCUCUGCCUGUGGCCACAGAGGCUCCUCCAAAGUCAUCCGGAGAUUCCCAGAACUCAUUGCUCUGUUCAGGGCCUGACGGGUCAGGCAGAAUGGAGGGAAGGUGUACACCUUGAGAUUGUCCCAAGGAUGCUGUAGAGCAUCCUCUGUCAGAGCAAGAGGAUCCAGGACCACCAAAAAGUAGACCACUAGGUUCCUGUUGGAGUAGCAAAGAGGUCUAACUCAAGUCUUCCCCAAAGGUGAAAUGGCCUGUCAGCUAUGUCCUGAUGCAGAGAUCACUCCAUACCUAGGACUUGACUCUGACGACUUAGCCUGUUGGCCACCACACUUGUCUUGCCUGGGAUAUACCAGGCCAUGAGCUCCACUGAGUUAUCUGUCACUCAAUAGUGCAUCUCAACUGUCAAGUGGAGCUGGCGGCAGAAAGGUGUCGUCUUUGCCAACGAACAAUUCUGGAACCAUAAACAGAAGACCUCUAGCUUCUGUCAAAGAGAAGUCUAGCACAGGUCUUUCCAAGUAGACAUUAGAUAAUAGGAUAUCCCAAGAGGAUGUCCUACAACAAAAUGCUCAAUACAGGUACGUUCUAAAUAGUAUCCUACUGCCAGUUUGUGCAUUGUCAAAGUAAUUGCACUGAAGACAGGGAGAAGUCCAUGAGCUGCCCAAGAAACAUGCACCUCCAACAGUGGAGAAGUCCUAUGAAGAUAGGACAUCCCCCACACCCCCUUGACUAAGGAACCACCAUGGCGACAUUACAGAGCAACAUAUCACAAACUACGAUGGAUCUUAACUGCUUCAGAGAUAACAACACAAGGAUGCGAGUUACAUUUCUGAUCUGGUUACUUGGAUAAAAAGGUGGGUUAAGCUAGGCACCGAACUGAAUCUUACAGAAUCACGAAGCACAUGCUCAGGGAAUCUGAAGAGUAUGCUAAAAAAAAAAAAAAAAACAUAA